GUCACACCGUAUGUCUUAUUGUGGUCACACUGCAUUUCACAAACGCCGCGGAAAAUAUACGAAAAAAGGCCAAGCUAGCAAUUUGCAACUCACUCAGCUCUAAAAAACGUACAAAAUGUCGGGCACAUCUCAAAAGUAUCGGAAUUUUGUGGCAGAGCCCAUGGGCAAUAAAUCUGUCACAGAAUUGGCAGGAAUUGGAGAGACGCUGGGCGGACGCUUAGCUGAGGCUGGCUUUGACAAGGCGUACACCGUGCUUGGGCAAUACUUGGUCUUGAAGAAGGAUGAGGAGCUUUUUAAGUACUGGAUGAAGGAUGUGUGCCAUGCUAGCUCCAAGCAGGCCUCAGACUGCUACAACUGUCUCAACGAUUGGUGCGAGGAGUUCCUGUAAUGUAUGUUGAUUAGGCUAAAAUGUGGAAUUCAAAGGCAGAGCACAACGAGGUUCAUCUUAAUAUUCAACGCUGGAGCUGAUCUGCAAAUUGCUCUCAAUCCUUUAUUAAAAUCAAUGCCAACUUUUUUAAUUCCACAAUAAAUCUACGUUUAGGCAUUUAAUACUCA